CUUACAGGAGAAAAAUCUGGCAACUUUGGAGAACCAACAAACAGACUAAAUCGUGGUCAGCCCUGUACUGUAAUUGUAUUCAUAUCUUUCGCGAAUUCAUCUCAUAUGACAAUAGACAAUAGAAAAGCAUGUCGUCAAACGAAAAUACGGGUAUACCCUAUACUGGAGCGUGGUCAAAAGGCCCGCCUUCUGACAUUCAGGCAAGAAGAAGACCAGGUCAAUCGUCUGUGGAUAGAGUCAUAAACACUGUCAAGACUAACGAGGCGCAGAACCAGAUGGAGCCUCGCCUCACAACACCACCAGGCCCAGAGAAUGGCACCAGGCCCCAAAGAGAGCAACAGCUCACUCUGCCCAAGGUUCCCACCCAGCUGUCGGCCACAGCUAAAGAGUUUGUUCCGCAGAGCAAAGUGCUGCCACAGAGCGCCCCUGGUGCUGAUAGCGCGCAAGUUGGGCUGACAGUGGAAGCUGAAGAGUUUGUGCCAGCAGAACAGGGAGACUAUUACUACGACCAGUACUAUCAGAGUUAUGAUUACAACAGCGGUCUGGGCUUUGACAUGAACAGCUUCAGCGCUCUCUCCAUCGGGGACCACUCUGGCGGUCAGCUUGACCAGUCCCAGGGGCCUAGCGGGGGGCCCAUCCUGGAUCGUUUCGCCAACGCCCUCUACCGGCUGAACAUGAGCCCCGGCAACAUGGAGGAGUACCUGCGUCCUAUCUGCGACCUGAUCAAGAACUGUCCGAAGGACGUCACGGAGAAGAUCAUGAACGACAUGGUGGAGAGCUUGUUUGAGCAGAGUAUCCAAGAGCCAAACUUCAGGUACACAGGCGCCAGAAUCUGCCAGUACCUGAGUAGCAACUUGAAGAGUAACACCUUCUUUUCCGGAUUUCAUAAAGUACUAAUGAGAAGAUGUCAGAAAGACUACGAGAAGAGAGAGGAGCUGAUCAGUGGCAGUCCAGAGGACCAGACUUGGCUCAGGGGGCUGGCCAUGUUCAUGGCAGAAAUCUUUCUCAACGUGGAGAUAGAGCAAGAGAACGGAACGGUGUCUCGUCUUCACUACUUGCCGAAGGUGUUAACAGACUUCAUCCACACACUUUUGUCCCGUCCCACCGAACAGGAAGUGAAAUGUUGCUGCCAACUGCUGAAGCUUUCCGGGGCCUUGAUCGAGGACGGUGCCAAGCAUAAUGGGAGUUUGUGUGAGCUGUUUGAAGGCAUCUUCACGCAGCUGGCAAAGUUGCAGACCAGAGGGGAGUUGACCCCAAACACGAAGGCCUUGGUGGGGAGCGUGAUACAGCUCAAGGAACAGAACUGGUACAGGAACUCGUCUUCACCGCCGAAGAAACCCUCGUUUCCCUGCGCGCCGGAGCCCCCUCCGUUUCAGCAAGAGCCGGUGUUCUUCAACAACUGCGGCGUCCCCUGCUCGAGGAGAGAGGCCAAUCUGCCAGAGGAGGAUCUGCUCGACGACGAGGCCUACGUGCUGAACGAGGAGGAGGAGGCGGCCUUCCUGGCCUGGCAGGAGGAGGAGGGGCUCACCUCGGAGCGGGGGCCCUGGGGCUUCAACGACACGGGCUACGAUUCGUACAAUCUGGACAUGUCGGACGAGGGAGGCAUGGGGGACGAGGUGGAGGCAGCCUACGAGGAGUUUCUACAGGAGCAGAACCACUACAGCGGUCGCUCGGGCCAGAACAACAACAGUCGCGGAGGAGGAGGAGGUCAAGGUCACAUGAGGUCGGAGCAGCAGCAGCAGCCGCAGCCGCAACAUUACAUCCCUCCGCACGCCCAGCAGAUGCCCCAUCCUCCCCCAGGAGGUGCGCCCGUCUGGUACCCGUCUCAUCAGCUGCAGGGAGGCGCGUGUCCGCCCGACUACACCGGCUACCCAGGCUUCGCGCCGCUACCCCCACAGCAGCCCCACCACCAUCAGCAGCAGCAGCAGCAGCAGCACCACCACCAACAGCACCAUCAGAAUCAGAGACAGCCUGCCCCCCAGCAACAACAUCAACAACAACAACAACAGCCGCCACAUUCCCACGGCGGUGGCUUCCCCCCUCGCGGCUACUACUAGUGCCACCAGCGGUUGUCUGUGUGUGUGUGUGUAUUCGUUUAUGCUCUGUGAGCAGUUUCAGGGAGAUUGUUUUUGGGGGUUUGUUUUUUUUGUGUGGUUUUUUUUCUAUCUCCUCUUUUGGCUGUUAUUUUGCUAUCAGUCAGCAUCUUUUUCCAUACUGUUUUUGUUAUCUACGGGGUUUUUUGUUUUUUUGUUUUGUUUGGGUUUUUUUCUUUUCUCCACACGGCCCGUCCCCACUCCCCUCCCUGUCCCUCCCUCCUUCCCUCCUUCCUUCCUUCCUCUCUACAUUGUACAGAUUUUUUGUCCAUACAAAUUUUGUAAUUUCAACUACGCAAAUGCAUUUUGCUUUGCUUUUUGAGCACGGGUCCUUGGCAUACAGUUUGACGGGACGACUCGUAUGGUGUCCGAUGCCGAUGAUGAUGGUAAUAGCUAACUGACGUAGCUAAGUGUGCGUGCGUGUGUGUGUGUCAGCACUUGAUAGUCAGGCAUGUUUUGUUUUUUCUUUUGUUUUUCUUUUUUUUUCCUGCUGUUGGAGUUGUUCCAUUAUGGUCAUCGCAGUUCGCUAACUGCGUAGGGUUAACAUUUGAAAACUCUGGUCUUAGGACACAAUUUGACCCAUGCACAAUCUUAAAGAUCAGCUCUCACAUCUCACCUUUUAAUUUGCGUCAAUAAUUUAUGGCUAUUUAAAUGUAAAUAGUAAAAAUCAAGAAGCAGAAAACCUGUAUUAGACCAAUAAAACUUUUUUUUUUUUUUCACAUUUUCUUGGAAAUAUCCGAAUGCUUCAUGCUGCGCGGAUAGCGAAAUGCACUGACGAUAUCUAUGUUUUUGAUAUGACAUCGUUACAACGUCGUUACAACAUCGUGGUGAGCGGUCAUUGCUGUUGGUGUGUGGGAGAAGGCUCAAGUGUCUUUCGUUCGUUCAGCGCGGAGUUUGCCCUUUGGGUACCACUUUGGAAUGGCUAUUUAUAAUGUAAUGACGGUAUCUUGGGAGAGAUAUUAUUAUGUUUCACUUCUGUUGUAACGUUGCUGUGUGUGUGAGACGAGAGAGGUUGCGUUUGUGGUGGCCUACAGUCUUGACAGUCGGCGAGCGAGGGUACUGCGAGGUCAGGCGUGGGCAGAAGUUACGUGUGGGAGGAGGGCAGAAAAUGACGGAAGUUGUGAAUGACUUGUGUUGUUUGAGCAGUUCCUUGGGCAUUACACUGAUGUAUCAUGUAGGUUAGUCUUACCAGGGAUGGGGAUUUACGGUACGUCUAAUGGACACAUCUCAUGUCAUGAAGUGUUUGUUUUUUUAAACAGAAUUCGCUGACCUUUUGGCCUCGGAGGACCCCCAGCUAUGUUCAUUUUGUGUCCAGAUUUUUCAUUAAGGCUGAAAGGAUUUGCAAACUUUUUUUUCUGUUGCCAUGUUUUAUUUGCGUAGAGAGCUUGUUAUGAAAAUGGACUUGACCAUUUGUAACAAAUAUUUCUUCAACAUAAUAGACUUCGCGAUUUCAUUUGUAACAAAAAUUUCCCCAAAAUUUCUUUUGUAACAAAUAUUUCUUCAAAAUAAUAAAUAGACUUCAUGAUUUCAUUUGUAACAAAUAUUUCUUCAACAUAAUAGACUUCGCGAUUUCAUUUGUAAACUAUAUUUCCCCAAAAUAGUAAAGAAAAGUUCCCAUAGCAUCAAGUUUCUUAGAUCUGGAGGGUGUAUUCACUAUAAAACAGCGCGAGGAAAUAUUAUCUCAAGUAUUAUAAUACUAAUAUCUCAAGUUUGUAGCUUUGGACUCUGCACUGUUAGGAAUUGAACCCAUGGCUUUUUUGGGGGGGGUCUCUAGUCCAAUAGCCCUAACUAGUGGCUCUCUAAAGCCCUGUUUUCUAACGGCUGUGAAAAAGUGCUUUUUCUUUCCUAUCAAACAUCUAUCGUCCUUAUCUCCCCUUCUUCUUUUUUUUUUUUUUGUUGCUCUCU